AUGAUCAAGGCAGCCACAAGUCGAGCCAUCCCCACUCCCAGUCUCCGUCGUUACCAGCAGCACAAAAAUGCAUGGCGCUCCGUUUUUGCGAUGCACUACGAGACGGAUGCAGAGGUGGCGAAGGCUCAGCUCAUGUUCCCGUUGAAGGCCAGGAGUCCAAAGGAGUCCUGCCGCUGCGCGAAGGUGUCUCACAGAAAUGGCGGGCUACCCGACCUCAAUCGGACGGUGCUCCUCGUGGUGCUCAGCGGUGCCCUUGCGUGUAGUGCAUUUGACCCACCGCCGAUCAGUGCAUCAUCCGCUGCCGUGGCUGCCAAUAGCCUUGAUCUUGUAGAAGAUGGUGUCUCCAUGUGGGAGAUUGCUAUGACGCAGAGCUUGGAAUCGCUGUCGCUUAUUCGGUUGGCCUCAAAGGGCAACGCCUUGACCGUGCUCAUCACGGUCGAGACAGCAGAGCUCCUGAAGCUCGGCAAGGCCCAUUUCAAGAAGCUCAACUCCGAACUUGGCGUAGAUGUCCGUGAGGUGCUCAUGCGAGAGGAGCGUGAAAAGCAAAAGUUGCGGUCGGAAAUAGAGCAGUACGAGGACCACCUUCGGCGCGUCUCAGCAGAGGCGACCCGCGCUGAGCAGCGAUACCGGUCCUCCCAUAGGUUGGACCAGUUUAAACAAGACCUUCAACAAUACCAGCGGGACCGUGGCUUAGCGGAGCAGCGAAGCGUAGAGCUGCAGGAGCUCCAAACCCAAUCCGCGGCAAAAGUGCAGGCAGCCGACGAGCGCGUGCGAAAGGCCAAAGAGCAGAAGGAGAAGUUUGAGGACUCAAAUAAGCUGGGUCGAACGGACAUCUACAAGCUGAAGGUCCAGGCAGAUGAUGCCAAAAAGCGGCUGAAGCGCCAGAACGAGAAGGUGAAGACCAUCUUCAGCAUGAUCUGUGCCAUUUUCCGCGAGUGCCGCGACCGAGGAAUCGACCUGCCCUUGAGGCAUCCCGACACAUCGGCGAUGGACAAGGUCCUGGAGCGGGAACAAGAGAUCGACGAGAUGCCCUUGAAAGACCUCGAGAACGCCUGUAGGAGCGUCAGUGUCGAUUUCGUCAACCUCCCCGAGGACAAGAAGGACCCGGAUAGCGCGUAG